AUGGCAAGCAACAAGAGCUUAAUUUGCAUCUUCUUGGCUACAUUUGCUCUUUUGGCUGCAAUUUCUCAAGUGAAGGGCUAUUCGAGCUCUUACUGUGGCCCUUGGUCCCGUUGCGAAGGCCAAACCCUCUAUUGCCCGUCCGAAUGCCCCUCCAGCGAAUCUAAUGAACCUAAGGCUAAGGUUUGCCUUAUCGACUGCUAUUCCCCUAAAUGCAAGGCCGAAUGCAAACAACGUAAACCAAACUGCAACAGCCCCGGAUCAGCAUGCUACGACCCACGUUUCAUCGGGGGAGAUGGCAUUGUGUUCUAUUUCCAUGGCAAGGUCAACCAGCAUUUCAGUUUAAUCUCCGAUUCUAACCUCCAAAUCAACGGUCGUUUCAUCGGCCACCGUCCCACCGGCCGAACCAGGGACUUCACUUGGAUCCAAGCCUUGGGUCUCCUCUUCAACUCCCAUACUUUCUCACUAGAAGCCACCAAAUCCGCCACCUGGGACGGCGGAAUCGACCAUCUCAGAUUCUCCUACGACGGAGAAGAGAUCUCAUUACCUAUCGGUGGUCUAUCCACGUGGCAGUCACGUGAAGAUGGAAUCAAAGUGGAGAGAACUUCUGGAGUGAACAGCGUGAUGGUGACUUUACYWGGAGUGGUGGAGAUUUUGGCAAAUGUGGUGCCUGUUACGUCGGAAGAYGACAAGAUCCAUGGUUACAAAGUGCCUUCCGAUGAUUGCUUUGCUCAUUUAGAARUUCAGUUUAGGUUUUCUGGGCUUUCAGAUGAGGUGGAAGGWGUGUUGGGCAGGACAUAUCAACCGGAUUUCAAGAAUCCGGCGAAACCAGGUGUGGCCAUGGCGGUUGUVGGAGGAGAAGACAAGUACAAAACCACCUCUUUAUUGGCGGCGGACUGUGCAACCUGCAUCUUCGAUUCGAGCAACGAUGCAGCGGAAGAGAAGAUGAAGACGAGGAAGGAGUACGGAACCUUGGAUUGCUCAGCCAAGGGAUUGUUCCAUGGAAAUGGGAUUGUAUGCAAGAAGUGAAAAGAUCUUUGAAGAUCAAUAUGGAAAUAAAAUCAUCAAAAAUGAUGAAUAAAUCGAUAGAUUGAGGUUCAAUCUAUGAACUGAAAUUCCAUCUUGUAACCAAUGUAUUCAUGAUUGAACAGUGGAUGACACUGUGUGCUUACUUGUUAUUAGAUUUUGUUGCAACAUUCUAC